AUGGUGGCCCGCACUCGCAAGCAAGCCGCACAGGCUAGUACGAUCCCUGACUCGUCAGCCGCAGUUCCAUCCCGCACCCUCAAGCCAAGCUCCACUCCUCAAAAGCUGAGGUCUUCUCCACGCUCAAAGACGUCGACGCCCUCGACGUCCGCAAGCGCUUUCAAACCGCCAACUUCCCCCUCUUCCUCUUCUUCUCCUCGUCUCAAGACAGAAGAGGCACCCAAGUUGGGCAAGGGCAAGGCCUCGAUGCCACAUACUGCGACCAUCCCACUGUACGAUUUCGACUUUCCCCUCGAGCUCAACAGACCCGUGACCCCACGCACAUCUGGGUUCUGCCCCGCACCCUACCUGGAUCUCUGCGAGACAUUCACCCGGUGGUUUCCUGAGCAGGCUCAUGACAUGUCCGCCGCAAUCCAGGACGUUGGAGUACGUCCAUACGAUGCUGCAUCGCAACUGAACGCUCAAGACAACCCUGGCAGGAGCGAUCCACCCGCAACAGAUGCCAAAGCGUCCGACCCGCCAUCGGAAGCGCAGUCUGAAACUCAACAUCCCACAAAAAGCCCGGGCAACGGCAAGACCAGCAAACACAACGCCAAAGGCAAGCACGCCAGACCCGAUGAUGUGCAUCUCGAAGUCGAACUCGUGCCUCAGAUCGUCGAUCUGCACGACCUACUUCUGCCUUCGGACAGUUCGGGUUUCGCGCUCAGACAACUCUCAGACAAGCCCGUCCAGGCAUACGCAAUCAUGGCGCUGGCUCCUCCCAGCUUCAAGCCCAUCCGCUCAGCCGCCGCUUCUUCCGGCGCUUCUCAGGCCGGCGAGGCUCCGAGCGUGGAUGAAAAGUCUGCGCGCGACGGGAGCCACGGCGAAGACCAAGAUGAGGACGAGGACGAGGGCGAGGACGACGAUGACGAGGUCGAGACUGCGUUGCUCGGCUACCUUGUCCCUUCGGCAUUCAAAGAAGCUGCCCACCCCUUGGCCUACCUCGAUCCAAUCUUGGUCACAAAAGAGUGGAUCCAACUCUACGCUGAAGUCACGCUUACUUUUCCCUUCCUUCCGCCCGGAGGCGAGGUGUUCAGCCAAGAUUACGACGACUACGAGUCGAGAGGAAAUAUUUGUCCAUACUGCGGCGAUGCUCACGACGACUGGGCGCCUUCGGAGCCACCUGAGCCUGACCAGGACAAGAUCCUUUGCACGCGCCUGCUCGGAGCUCUGAACGUCCAGGUGGGGCUCGAGCCGAUCGCCUUGCAGUACGGUGCCGGCGAUGCGGCCGUCGACGGCUUUGUUGGAUCCAACGACGAUCUCAAGCACACGGGUGCCGAAGGCUCGUUCAGCCUCGCGCGUGCUCUUCGCCUUGCCAUCCCAACCAUCGUGGACUGGGACGACAGCUUCAUCGCCUUGGACGAGGACGCAAACACCUUCUGGGACCGCAACGAGUCUUUCUACUCUCUGCCCCCAAGGCAAUCAACGCUGGCUCGCCACAUGGUGCUCGACAAGGUCGACGCCGUCGACCUGCCCGCAGCAUCCAAGUCGCCCAGCAAAAAGCGGAAAAAGCAGUCCAGGUCGUCGAGGCCGUCAGCUCCCUAUAUGGAUCAAAGCUGGUCGGCUCGUUCGGACAGCUUUGAUGAGCACGACACCGCGAAACAAGCACGUCAGGACUCUUCGUUCAAGCGCAAACUGUCCGACGUGCCCUUGGGAGAGGAAGUCUCGAGAACAGAUCCAAGGCUCGGAGAUCCCGCAUCGGAUACCCAUUUGCCUCUGGACACCAACAUUGCAAGUCUCCUCGAGGCCUGUCGACCUCCUGCCGAUGGACCUCAAGUGUUUCCUCCAUCGGACAUGAUCCCCACCCCGCUUCUUGGCUACCAAGCCCGCUGCUUGGCCUGGAUGAUCAGGAAGGAGACGGUGCUUGACGAGGAUGUCGAUCGACUCUUGCCCAACUGGGUGCCGUUGCGCUGCAAGACGUCCGCUCACAUCAUGCACAAACGCAUGCAGCUCGAGGCUGGGCGAGAGGCCCUUCUUGAUGCCAUGCAUCGCGAUCUGUCGCCAUCUCGCCGCAACGCCAACAUCAAGGCGGCUCGUGCUGCCGUAGCUCCUGUCGAGUCUUUUGCAGGCGAGAACGACAGCUCGAACCCACUCAAGCGCGAACCGUUCAUCGACCCCAUCGAGCUCAACUUCUACUUUGAUCAGGUCUCCGGCAUGCUGAGUCUGCGUCGAUUCACGUGCCGUCGAAGCGAGCCCGGAGGCGCUCUCUGCGAGUCGAUGGGACUAGGCAAGACGCUCGAGAGCCUCGCGCUCAUCGCAUCGCAUCAGCGUCCGGAUAACCCGAGGCUGCUAUCGUACGACACGUCGCGGAGCGCCAGGAUGAUCGCUGAGAUGGAUCCUGCCGAACAGCCGUUUGUGUCGCGCGCCACUCUGGUCGUCUGUCCCGCUGCUUUGGUGGAGCAGUGGAUGGACGAGAUCCGCAAGCACUUCCGCAGCCGCAGCGUCCCUGGCAAGGCACAGCCCGGAGCAGACCCUUUAGCACAACCCGGAGUGAUUCGAUACAGACACGCCGACUUUGCAUGGGAUGUCGAGUCGUCACGCGAAGCCGUUCGAGCCAUGGCCAAGGAGCGACUCACAAAGGUGGACAUCGUGGUCGCCACGUACGAGGAGCUCGCGCAUCAGCUCCUUGAAAGUCACCGAGUGCGGCGAACGGUCAAUUCCGUUCGAACGCCGCUGCUCGAGGUGCUGUUCUGGCGCAUCCUGCUCGACGAGGCGCAGAUCGUCGCCGGCGCCUCGGGCAAGGCCACCGAGAUGGUCCACGAGCUAUGGCGCAGCAACUGCUGGAUGGUGACGGGCACUCCGGUGACCAAAGGGAUCCGAGACAUCCAGGGCAUCUUUGCCUUCUUGGACCACGACCCGCUCGCUGCGCCGCGUUUCUUCCGCGAGAUCCUGCAAGAGCCCUUCAGCCGUGGCUGCGUCGAAGGCAUCCGUCGACUCCGUGCCAUCCUGCCUCGCUACGUGUGGAGACACACGCAAGCACACGUGGAGCACGAGAUGAUCCUUCCCGCCUGCCGCGGCGAAGUGCUGGAGAUCGAUCUCAAGCAUGUCGAGAGGCUGUUCUACGACAAGGAGGUGAGCAAGUAUCGCGAGAGCUUUGCCAAGAAGGCGGCGCAGGGAUCGGCCACGGUCUCUCAGCCGACGUUCCUGGUCAAUCUGCGACAACUGCUCAGCCAUCCUCAGAUUGCCGACCAGCUCAUGUUCAGCCACAACUUUUCGCGCCUCUCGUUCGCCGAGCUCUUCCGGCAGUUUUGCGAGCGUGCCGAGUCCGAGCGAGAUUCCAUGCGCAUGCAGGCGAUCGUUGCGGCCCUGCAACUCGUGUGGGGCCAUGACUUCUACGACGCCGAGAAGGACAAGAGGCACUGGCGCGGCGGCCGGCCCGUGCUUCAGCCAUCCGACAUUCGUAACGUCGUCGAGACGGCUCUUCGGACUGCCACCAUGGCGCUGCAAGACCAAGCGCGGGCACGCACUGCUGUCGAGGCGGCGGCAAAUCCGGGUGCCACUGAAGACGUUACUAUCACCGAGGCGCAGGAUGCUGCCAAUCCACCGCAGACUCUCGGAUCCGAUGCGGGCAACAACCACGACGGUCAAGCUCGGGCAGGCACAGACUCGGCAGCGAGGAUCAAUCUGACGUGGGAAGAGGCCAGCUACUGGCUACGCCUAUUGCAAAGGAAGUAUGCGGAUCCGUCUUCGGGCACGACGGAUGCCACUGACAUCGAAGAGAUCGUUCCUCCUGCGCGCUGGGAUCCGGAAAGACCCACGCGUACGUUCUUCGACAAGGAGUUCAAGAAUGCAAACGACAAGAGUGUCAAUCUCGCAGAUCCACGCUUCCACCUCGUGGUUCAGGACGCCUCUGCUGACGACAUGGGCUUUGACGAGCUCAUGGCGCAGAUCGAAGCGGACAGGGGCGCGAACAGCUCCCCAUCUUCGUCCCGCAAGAAGCAGCGAAGGGAUGCCGCCAUCGAGCCAGGUACGCUCAAGAAGUCGCGCCUCCGCGGCAACGCGUCGCAACGCAAGCAGGCUCGUGUCUGGCUCUACAAGCCCAAGGAACGCUUGGAGACGACGCAAGUGAAGCUGAUGAUGCUGUCGGCCGACCUGCCACCCAAAGAGCACGAAGCAGCUUUCUUGCGGCAGAAGCUGCAGGAGGUGCAGAUCGCAGAGGCCCAUUCGCAUUCGGAAGAGGCCGGAGAUUCGUCGGCGGGCCCCUUGACCGGACCCUCGGACACCAGCGUGCUGGCUUCCACCGUCGAGUGCCCGAUCUGCUUCGAGCCCAAGGAGAGCAUCGGCGUACUGCCGUGCUACCAUUCGUUCUGCACAGACUGCAUCGAGAGGAUCGUCGAAAAGAACCCGGUCAGGCGUACUUGGUGGCACCAUUCGCCAGGGCCUCGCUGUCCUUCGUGUCGAUUGUCCUUCCAUCCGGAUCGAGUCACGCGGGUCAUGGAGCGUGGCAGGUCGGCCUCGGCCGAGGCCAACGCCGAGGUCAUCGGCGAUUGGAGCGGCAAGAUCACGGGUCUCAUCGUGGACAUCAAGUCGCGCCUGCAAGCCGAUGCGACGCAGAAAGCGGUCAUCUUCUCGCACUGGCCCAAGAUGCUUGCCUUUGUGUGCGAUGCCUUGGUGCAGAACGGCGUCAGUGCGGUGGUGUUCGGCGGCAACGAGGCCAACCAGGCCGAGGCGCUGCGCGCGAUCCGUGACGACGAUCACGUGCAUGUGAUCCUCGUGCCCUUCCGAGCCAGUGCGGGCGCAGCCGGACUCACGCUGACGUCGUGCAACCUCGCCUACCUGCUGGAACCGGCUCUGGACGCGGCUCUGGAGGCGCAGGCGGUCGGCCGCAUCCACCGCAUCGGGCAGAGACGCGAGACGACGGUGAUCCGUGUCAAGAUGAAGGACACCAUCGAGGAUGCGGUCAUGCGCAUCGCCGAGGAGCGCUCGAGGAGGGGCAUGGCACUCGCUACGCAUGUCGACACAGUCGCCGCGGGUGCUGCCGCUGGCGGCUUCGACGCCACGCAACCCUCGACCUCGGCGAACAGCAGUGCGCUCUCCAUCGUCACGCAUGGCGGCACGGCAAGUCGUUCUGCUGCUGCUGACGGAUCGCCUCGAAGGCCUGCCACGGGCUCGCAGGUGCGUGAGCAAUCGAUCAAAGCCUCGGUCGCCGCCUCGGUUGGCACUUCGCGCGAGUCGGACCCUACGGCUCUAACCAUGGCCGAGGUUGGACUCAUCCUCGGCUUUGACGUUGCCGAAGAAAAGCGAAAGUUUCGCGAACGCCGCGACACGAUAUUCCGGCGCGCGUACGGCACGGCCGAUGUGCCGGACUCGAUGCAGCGCAUGUCGAUCGAGCAGCUCGAUUCGCUCGAGGAAGAGUUGCACAUGUACGACGACGCAAGCGAUGGCGAGGACUUUAUGGACGAGGACAUGGAUGAGGACAUGGACGAAGAUAUGGACGACGGUAUGGACGACGAUAUGGGCGACGGUAUGGGCGACGGGCAAGGAUUCGGCUUCCACGUUAGCUUCUUCUGA